AUGAGCAGCACCCGCGAGAUAUGCGACGUGCUCGAGGAGUACAGCGAGCGGCUGAAGGAGACGCUGUGCCGCUGCAGGCGCGACCAGGCGGCGCUCAGCGACGCGUACCGCCGCUGCGGCCGCCGCGCGCGGGACGCACAUCAGCAACUAAAGCUAACUGAAGAACACCAUAGCCAGUUGAUGCAAUUCUUCACAUCGUCCAAGCAGCAGCUCGAUUCGGAGUUGAGUGACACUAGACAAAAGCUAUACGAUGCUUUGCAGCACAAGGAAGAACUAGUGGCCACCGCGGCGGAGCUGCGCCGUCAGCUGGACCUCAAGCAACAUGACCUGCUAGCAGUGGCAAACUUAGAAAUCGAAAGUUUGAAGGAAGAAAUUCAGGCUCUUAAUGAACAAAAGCAGGAAUUGGAAAAUAUUCACAAAUGUAAAGAUGAUAUGCUAGCAAAAUACGAAGAAGAGUUAGAGAAAGUUAAAAGUCAGUUGCGUAAUUUGGAAGAUGAAAAUAAUAAGAUUUCGUCUCAAUUAUGCAAGACUGAAGGCGAAGGGAAAGAGAAGGUCGUUCACAUUGAACAUCUAGAGGUGACACUCCAACAAAAAGAUAAGCAAAUUGCGGAUAUGCAGGAUGAGUUGGUUAAGUACAAAGAAACAACAACCCAAAAAGUGGAAGAACUGUCAGCAAACAUACGUCAGAAAGAGAAAGAGUUAGACGACAAUGCGGAAACAAUAGCGCGCCUAAUGUCCGACGUGAAGGCGACGUGCGACGCGCGCGCUCGCUCGGAGCUGGCGAUGCAACGACUCAAACAUGAUCACCAACUAGAAAGGGACGCCAUGAUCGAGUCCGAGAGGAAGCUACUCAAACAGGUCGAGCAGCUAGAAUGCAGCGUCCGGGAGAGGCUUCAGAGCAAAAUUGAGGGUAUGCAGGGCACCAUCGACAACAUUCAGAAAGAGCUGACGGGACGCACCGCGCCUCCCGUGCCCCGCCCUCCCCCUGAACAUGAUGACAACGCACUCAUGUGCCCACCCACCAAGGUAACAUCAUUAUUAAACUGAAGAUUACUUCAUUAGUUGUAGAACAUCAACAACCUCUCAGAACUAAUAAAUGGUAAAGCAAAAAUCUAUAUGACUUUUGAUAAUUCGUUACAUUUUGCUUUUAUGCAAAUUAUUAUACAUGCAUCUAAUAUCAUAAAUUAUUAAAUAGGGUACUUCACACAGUACGCUCAAAUACCGCCUUCGUCUCCGAAGCUGCCCCUGCCAGGUGGGGAGUACGGCAGUGGCCGCGCCGAGACAAAGCAGCUCGACUCCAUGCUGUACAACCUGUUCAGCGACGGCAGCAUGGACGGCGACACCAUCGACGCAUCCGAAGUAAAUCGUCGUUUCGAUGCUCUGUCUCGUGGCGAGCAAAUGUCACCAUUGUCACUUGGUGCGCUGAAACGGCGACGAGCCGGCGUACCCAUCUCACAAGGCGGUCUCAAGUAUAAGCCCGUGACUGAUGAUCCCGAAAUAUCCUUGUCGCAGGUGAAAAAGGAUUUGAAAAAUAAAGAAAAAACGUUUUUCAAAACCAAACGCUUGGAUGUGAAAUCAAAGAAACCCAAAUAA